AUUUUUCUGUUCCAGAAGACAUCUGAGUGGAGCGGACUGUGCUGACAAUUGAGGUAUGAAUUUUGCAAGGUAGGUGAUCAUGCCCAUGAAGCGUCUCACAUCGUCCUUGUUCUUCGGGCGCUCCAUGUUGAUGGCUGAUGUUUUCCUCGGGUCUGGUUUGACUCCGUCCUCUGAAAGUACAUCUCCAAAGAAUAUGAUGAUGUCAUCCAUCAUAGUCUACACUCCUGGAAUGUGCUCGAAGAUCCUGUGGAUGGUCUUGUGGUAGACCUCUGGCGCUGAGAGAAUCCCAUAUGGUAGACGAAGAAAUCUGUACCUGCCCUCAGGAUCUCACGAAAUGGCAGAAGAACUGAAACACAUGAACAAGUAUAAGUCCAUCAUAAAGCGGGUGGGGCGAAACCAUGGAGUGGCGCCAUCCGUCAUAGCUGGUAUCAUCUCACGAGAGACCAGGGCUGRGACAGGAGCAGGACUGGACAAUGGUUGGGGGGACAAUGGAAAUGCAUUUGGACUCAUGCAGGUUGACAAAAACUAUCACCAUCCACGGGGGAGAUGGGACAGUGAGGAACAUCUGAGUCAAGCAACUGGGAUUCUCGUUGAUAUAAUCGGAUCGGUCCAGAAAAAAUUCUCUUCAUGGACCGAAGAGCAGCAGCUGAGAGGAGGAUUAGCAGCCUAG